GAACAAGGAAAAGUAAUUAUUUUGACUAGAUUCUGCUUGUUUAUAGAGUAAAAACUUGGGAAGAAAAAGGUGAAAAAGGAAAAGAAAAACAAAAGAAGGGGUUAAAAAGAGAGAAAAUCGGAGGAAAAGCAAAGAAAAUGAGCUCAAAAGCCAGAUAGACAGGGAGAAGUGAGAUAAUAAAGAAGAGAGAAGAAGGGUGGUGGUGGUGGAUUUGUUGUUUCGAUAAAAAGAUAAAAAAUUAAGCUUAAGCUAAAGUUAGAGAAUUUUGCAAAUGUCACAAGAGUCUGAAGAGAUAAAGACGAUUGAGCAGUGGAAAUGGUCCGAAAUGCAAGGCCUUGAACUCGUGUCUCCUGCUCCUCCUCCUUGUUCUGACCCCUUUAAAACCAACUCUUCUUCCUCCCCUCCUUCAACUUCAACUCUAACAAUUGACUCACAACAAUUACAAAUGGAUAACAUUAACACUACUCCAAAGAAAGAUGGUGGUGGUAGUGUUAGUAAUAGUGGUGGCGGUGGUGGUGGAGAGAAGCCAGGGGACGUUGCUACUGUUGGGUUCGUGGAGCUGUUCAGAUUCGCUGAUGGGUUGGAUUAUGUGUUGAUGGCUAUUGGGUCUGUUGGUGCAUUAGUUCAUGGCUCUUCAUUGCCUCUCUUUCUUCGCUUCUUCGCUGAUCUUGUUAACUCUUUUGGGUCUAAUGCCAAUGACAUGGAUAAGAUGAUGCAAGAAGUUCUCAAGUAUGCAUUUUAUUUUCUCAUUGUUGGUGCUGCAAUCUGGGCGUCUUCCUGGGCAGAGAUAUCAUGUUGGAUGUGGACUGGAGAGAGGCAAUCAACCAGGAUGAGGAUCAAGUACUUAGAAGCAGCUCUGAACCAGGACAUUCAAUAUUUUGACACAGAAGUUCGCACCUCCGACGUGGUUUUCGCCAUUAACACUGAUGCAGUGAUGGUGCAAGAUGCCAUUAGUGAGAAGUUGGGCAAUUUCCUUCACUAUAUGGCAACUUUUGUGUCUGGAUUUGUGGUGGGCUUCACUGCUGUGUGGCAAUUAGCUCUAGUCACUCUAGCAGUUGUUCCUCUUAUUGCUGUGAUUGCAGCAAUCCACACAAACACACUAGCUAAGCUAUCUGGGAAAAGCCAAGAAGCUUUAUCACAAGCAGGAAACAUUGUAGAACAGACGAUAGUUCAAAUUCGGGUUGUUUUGGCAUUUGUUGGGGAGUCAAGAGCAUUACAAGGCUAUUCGUCAGCAUUGAAAGUGGCUCAAAGAAUCGGUUACAAGAGUGGAUUUGCCAAGGGAAUGGGAUUAGGUGCAACUUAUUUUGUUGUUUUUUGCUGCUAUGCUCUGCUUCUCUGGUAUGGAGGUUAUCUUGUUAGACAUCACUACACCAAUGGAGGACUCGCAAUAUCCACCAUGUUCGCUGUCAUGCUUGGAGGAUUGGCUUUAGGCCAAUCUGCCCCUAGCAUGGGUGCAUUUGCUAAAGCAAAAGUUGCUGCUACGAAAAUUUUUCGAAUGAUUGAUCAUAAGCCAGCUGUUGAUAGAAACAGUGAAUCUGGGUUAGAAUUAGACGCAGUUACAGGGCUCGUUGAGCUCAAAAAUGUAGAUUUCUCCUACCCAUCUAGGCCAGAAGUGAGAAUCCUCAACAAUUUUACCCUGAAUGUUCCGGCCGGCAAGACCAUAGCUUUGGUUGGCAGCAGUGGAUCUGGUAAAAGCACUGUGGUCUCCCUCAUUGAGAGAUUCUAUGAUCCCAACUCAGGGCAAGUUCUGGUAGAUGGGCAUGAUAUAAAGACAUUAAAGCUGAGAUGGCUGAGACAACAAAUAGGGCUUGUGAGCCAAGAGCCUGCCCUGUUUGCCACCUCCAUUAAAGAAAAUAUACUGUUGGGUAGACCUGAUGCAGAUCAAAUUGAGAUUGAAGAAGCUGCCAGAGUUGCCAAUGCUCAUUCAUUUAUUGUCAAGCUCCCUGAAGGAUUUGACACUCAGGUAGGUGAGAGAGGACUGCAGUUGUCUGGAGGGCAAAAGCAGAGAAUAGCUAUAGCAAGAGCAAUGCUGAAAAAUCCUGCUAUUCUGCUUUUAGAUGAGGCAACAAGUGCACUGGACUCUGAGUCGGAAAAACUGGUGCAGGAAGCUCUUGACAGAUUCAUGAUUGGGAGGACAACACUUGUAAUUGCCCACAGGCUCUCAACUAUCCGAAAGGCGGAUCUUGUAGCAGUACUCCAGCAGGGUAGUGUCACCGAAAUUGGAACACAUGACGAGCUCAUUGCCAAAGGAGAGAAUGGUGUUUAUGCCAAGCUUAUCAGAAUGCAGGAAGCAGCUCAUGAAACAGCUAUGAACAAUGCAAGGAAGAGCAGUGCAAGGCCUUCAAGUGCCAGAAACUCUGUGAGCUCACCAAUUAUUGCACGUAAUUCAUCUUAUGGACGAUCACCGUACUCGCGCAGGCUAUCAGACUUCUCUACCUCAGAUUUUAGUCUCUCCCUUGAUGCUGCAUACCCUAAUUACCGACUUGAAAAGCUUCCUUUUAAAGAGCAAGCUAGUUCAUUCUGGCGACUUGCGAAGAUGAACUCUCCUGAAUGGGUUUAUGCGCUAGUUGGUUCUAUAGGCUCCGUUGUUUGUGGCUCACUGAGUGCCUUCUUUGCCUAUGUCCUCAGUGCUGUUCUCAGUGUUUACUAUAAUCCAAACCAUGCUUAUAUGAGCAGAGAAAUUGGAAAGUAUUGCUAUUUGUUAAUUGGACUUUCAUCAGCUGCACUAAUUUUCAACACAUUGCAGCAUUUCUUCUGGGACAUUGUAGGAGAGAAUCUUACAAAACGAGUGAGGGAGAAAAUGCUGGCAGCAGUGCUAAAAAAUGAAACGGCGUGGUUCGAUCAGGAGGAAAAUGAGAGUGCUAGGAUUGCAGCGAGAUUAGCUCUCGAUGCAAAUAAUGUCCGAUCAGCCAUUGGAGAUAGGAUUUCAGUGAUUGUACAGAAUACAGCACUGAUGCUAGUCGCUUGCACUGCCGGGUUUGUUUUGCAGUGGCGCCUCGCCCUUGUCCUUAUAGCCGUCUUCCCCUUGGUCGUUGCGGCCACUGUCCUACAGAAAAUGUUCAUGACUGGUUUCUCUGGAGAUCUAGAAGCUGCACAUGCCAAAGCCACACAACUAGCAGGAGAGGCCAUAGCCAAUGUAAGGACAGUUGCUGCUUUCAAUUCAGAAUCACAGAUAGUCGGACUUUUCACCACCAACCUUCAGAUUCCUCUCCGACGCUGCUUUUGGAAGGGGCAGAUAGCUGGAAGUGGAUUUGGAGUAGCCCAGUUUUUGCUCUAUGCUUCCUACGCUCUUGGUCUUUGGUAUGCUUCUUGGCUGGUGAAGCAUGGAAUCUCCGAUUUCUCAAAGACAAUCAGAGUUUUCAUGGUCCUUAUGGUUUCUGCCAAUGGAGCAGCAGAAACAUUAACCUUAGCUCCUGACUUUAUCAAGGGUGGUCGAGCCAUGCGCUCAGUUUUUGAACUACUUGACCGCAAAACAGAAAUCGAACCUGAUGAACCAGAUGCCACUGCAGCUCCUGAUCGUCUUCGUGGAGAAGUUGAACUAAAACACAUAGACUUUUCUUAUCCGACUCGCCCUGACGUCCCAAUUUUCCGCGAUCUGAAUCUUCGUGCAAGAGCUGGAAAAACUCUAGCCCUUGUAGGUCCAAGUGGAUGUGGCAAGAGCUCAGUCAUUGCACUGGUACAGAGAUUCUACGAGCCGUCAUCUGGAAGGGUUAUAAUUGAUGGGAAGGACAUAAGAAAAUACAACCUCAAGUCCCUGAGAAAGCACAUUGCUAUGGUUCCUCAGGAACCAUGCCUCUUUGCUGCUACCAUUUAUGAAAACAUUGCAUAUGGGCACGAAUCAGCAACCGAGGCUGAAAUCAUUGAAGCUGCUACUUUAGCCAAUGCCCAUAAAUUUAUAUCAGGAUUGCCAGAUGGGUAUAAAACAUUUGUAGGGGAGAGGGGAGUCCAGUUAUCUGGAGGACAAAAACAAAGAAUUGCCAUAGCUCGAGCUCUAGUAAGAAAGGCAGAACUCAUGCUACUUGAUGAGGCAACAAGUGCAUUGGAUGCUGAGUCUGAGAGAUCAGUCCAGGAGGCUCUUGAUCGUGCUUGUUCAGGAAAGACCACCAUUGUAGUUGCACACAGACUAUCAACUAUAAGAAAUGCACAUGUCAUUGCUGUGAUCGAUGAUGGAAAAGUAGCAGAGCAAGGAUCUCACUCUCAUCUGCUGAAAAAUUAUCCGGAUGGGUGUUACGCUCGGAUGAUACAGCUGCAAAGGUUCACACAUAACCAAGUCAUUGGAAUGACUUCAGGUUCAAGUUCUAGAUCGAAAGACAACGGCGAGAGGGAAGCUUGAUGAGAUCAACAGAAAGCACCAGCAGUAAGAGGAGAAACGAUUAUGACAAAUACUUCCACGAGUGAAAUACAGCGACUGUUUUUACCAAAAGAAGGGAGUUGGUUCCUAGAGGCAUCCCUCUUGUAUCAGUUUUGUCUCUUCCAUUUUGAUGGAAGACUGGAAUGGGAAGAAAGAUAUUCAAUGACAGAAAAUAAUUGAGAAAGAAAGGUGGCAACACUCAAAGACAGACCAGACCACAAACUUUGAUUUGAAUUAGAUAUGUACUAUAAACAAAUAUGUAUAAAAAUCUUCAUUAUGUAUUAAAUUUUAAAAAAGGAGGAAAAUAGGAAGGAGAAGGGACACAAAGGAAAUCAAUAAGAUCUAUGUAUUUUGAGGCAAUAGGUGGUGAAGGACAAGCGUGAAAGAAAAGUUUAGGACAUGGGUUGUUUAGCACUUGCAAAAUGACGGGAAGAGAUGAUGGUGUCUAAUAUUGAUAAUGGCCUCAUGGGAUGUUAUGUGUCUAUGAGUAUGUGGGCCAUACCUAAUCUCUUUGUUAAAGAAAUGUAAGGAUGUUAGUGGCCACAGACAGAGGUUUGAUUGUGUCUUGGCCUUGUUUUGUUUCCAAGUGCUCAAAGCUUCUUCUUUCUUUCUUUUC